AACAGAGCUCAUGUUGAACUGAAGCAGCAGAAACUCCACCAGCUUCUACUAAGAACUGAAGAUGAAGAACUUCAGCUGUACCACCACAGGAGGAUGGUUCUGUUGGAUCAGAUGGUUCUGCUGAUUCAGAUGGUUCUGUCAGUUCAGAUGGUUCUGCCGUAAACAUCAGUUUCUGGUUUGUGUCAGUGGAUCUGUCCUUGAGGUUGGAUUCACACCUACUUCCUUUGGUUCAUUUAAAACGGACUGGAGUUCAUUUACCUGGGAAGUCCAGACUUUUUUUUAGGUGUGAAUACAAACAUGUGACCUCUGAUUUUAACCAAACAAGUGGACCCGGACCGUCUAGAAGACAUGGACCCGGACCACCUAGAAGACCUGGACCCAGACCACCUAGAAGACCUGGACCCAGACCACCUAGAAGACCUGGACCCAGACCAGAUCUGUUUGAUCUGGAUCAGAUAAGUCCAGGCGUUUGGCGGACAUGCCUCAACAGAAGCUUCUGUUGGGGUGAGGGGUCACCUGACCUGAGGGGGCGUGUGUUCAUGACUGUUCCUCCUGCUGACUCAGCUCAACACGCCCUCUGUGUUUCCAUGAGAACAAAGGCCCGGUCGCUGCCGAAACACAAACAGCAUGAGGACAAAGCGCCGCUGUUCCAGAACGACGCCAUCCCAUAAAUCCGGGUGUGCGGCGCUCUCUGCGGUUUGUCACAUCAUGCCUCUGCCUCGACGCCGCUCUUCGUUCUUAGGACAACCGUCCUGUGAGCGCUCGGCCUCAUCCUCCUGUGGCCGUGUCACCUCGUCUGUCACUGGGGCGCCACGCGGCGUCUACGUGGGGUCCGCCCCUCUCAUGGGCGGGGCCUCCGGUCUGGGUACAAGGGUGUCGCGUCGCGCUCUGGGAAUCAGCAGUGUCUUCCUGCAGGGCAUGAGGAGCGUUUCUGCACCCGUUGUGCCACGGGCUGGUGAACGGACGGCAGGUCAGGGCGGCGGUGGUGGCGGAGCGGGCGGUCUUAACAGCUGUCUGAUGGAGUACAGGGACAAAGUCCGCGCUCUGGAGCAGCUGAACCAGCAGCUUGAGGAGCAGAUCCGCCUCUGCCUCGACCGCAAAGCGUCCAGCGCCGGCGCCUGGGGGACGCUCCGGAGGGACUGGGAGGAUGUCUACAGACAGGUCAGUGAAGCCAUCCUGGACAACGCCCGGCUUAUGCUGCAGACGGAGAACGUUCAGGCCAACGCUGAGGACUUCAAGGACAGGUAUGAGAACGAGCAGCCGUUCAGGAAGGCGGUGGAGGAGGAGAUCAGCUCACUGUACAAAGUCAUUGACGACGCCAACCUGACGAAGGCGGAGCUUGAAGAGCAGAUGGAGAACAUGAGGGUGGAGCUACGCAGCCUGGAGCAAAACCAUGAGCAGGACGUACGUGUCCUCUACAGCCAGAUGUCGGGACGAGAGGUGGACGAACCCGACGCUCCCAUCGAAACCAGUCUGGACCAGAUCCUGGCCUACAUCCGGAACCACUGGGAGAAGGUGACGGAGAGGAACCGGGCUGAGACCGACAGCUACCUGGACUGUAAGGAGGCGCAGUGUGUGAGCAGCAGGCUGAGUCCAGAGGAGGAGCAGGUGGAGGCGCUGAAGGCCGAGUGCAGCGACGCCGGCGCUAAGAUCCAGAGUCUGCAGGCGGAGAUCGAGUCCAUGAGGGCGCUGAAGCGUGGUCUGGAGAACUCCCAGAGCGACGCCCGGCACUGGCAUGACAUGGAGCUACAGAACCUGGGCUCUGUGGUCGCUAAGCUGGAGGCGGAGCUUGGAGACAUCCGUGGAGAGAUUGAGCAGCAGCGACGUGACUAUGACACCCUGCUGAGCAACAAGCAACGGCUAGAGCAGGAGAUUGGAAUGUACCACGGAAUUCUGGACGGAGAAGAGAACCGCUUCCAGCCUGCAGAACCGUCCUUUUCAGAUCUGCAGUCUCAACCUGAAGGAGAUGCUCCAGGAUCCUGGACCAACCCUCCAGGACCUGCUGGAUCCACCCCUGGAGAUCCAGGACCUGCUGGAUCCACCCCUGGAGGUCCAGGACCUGCAGGACCUGAGGGACAGUGAGCUUUUGGAGCCUCUGUGGACCUGACGUGGUUUGAACCUGUUGAGGUGAUGCUGUAAACCUGCAGCAGAGGUCCACCAGUACCCAUGAGCCUCUGCUGCUGUUGCUGUGGAGAAGACCGAGGUGUGGAUCUUUGCUGUAGAAGUAAACUCUACACCCGAUUGGUCCAACUGAAAAGAUCAGAGAACCUGUCUGUUUGUCAGUUUUCUUCAGUGUCAGAGUAAAGACAAUAGAGGAAACACCCAAAGCAUUCUGGGAAAUCCAGAACAUCUGGUCAGGAGAGAAAAACCACAUCUAAUUAAUCCUGCGUGGUGACCCCGCCCUGGGAAAGGUCAGGGUUUGUGCAUCAACAUCCAACCUGGUUUGGUCCAAGUUCACAUGUAGAGGUCUUGAGGAGGUCCCGGUCCCGGUCCCGGUCCAGCAAUGACGGAGGUCACCACUUUAGAGUAGGUUCAAGUCCUAAAAAAGGCCGAAGCCGGGGACGGAGACGCUUGAACAUUUGGAGACUCUGCUGUGAUCGGUUCUUUCAUCAGUUUGUUCCUUGUUGACGGCGUCUCCGCAGAUCCAGGUCCACACAGGGUCCGACAGCCAAUGAGGUCUGAAAGGGUCCUGAACAUGGGUCUGACAGGACCUUGUACCAGAAAACCCAAUAAAUUCAUUGAGUUUUAACAACGCAGACCAGUGUUCCAUGUGUGUUUGGGAUCAGAAUGUUCUAAAGUCCAUGAAGCAUCUCCACGUCCGUGCAGAUACGCAGAUCAAUAAGGAAUUCAAUCAAUAAAUGUGGAAGUGAACAGAGUCAA